AUGGCUAAUCUACAAAUACCUCCAGAUGUUACAAGGAGAGAGUUAUUCUUUAUUGUGCUGGAAUUCCUUCUGCAAGUAGUUUCUGGGCAGAUUCGUUACUCAGUUCCUGAGGAAUUGCUGGAAGGCUCUUUUGUGGGGAAUAUCGCAAAGGACCUAGCAAUGGAUUUGAAGCAACUGUCGCAUGGGGGCAUCCAGAUUAUUAAUGAAGGUAGGAGGCAAUAUUUUGCCCUUGAUUUACAAAAGGGUCAUUUGUGUAUUCAUGAAAGAGUGGAUAGAGAAGCAAUAUGUGGACGCCUCUUAACUUGCAUGUUAAAGUUAGAGAUUCUUGUUCAGAAACAAGUAAAGAUUUAUAUAGUCGAAAUUGAAAUUGAAGAUAUCAAUGACAAUGCACCAACUUUCCAAGUAGAGACAGUACCGUUAAAAAUCCCAGAAAGUACAGCCACAGGGUCCCGAUUCCUUCUGCCAAAUGCUCAGGACCCAGACUUAGGAAAGAACUCUUUACAGACCUAUCAACUCAGCCCCAAUGGACAUUUCUCUCUUGAUGUACAGACUGCAGCAAAUGGAGGCAAAUAUGUUGAGCUAGUGCUAGAAAAGUCUCUGGACCGGGAAGAAGUGGUUUUCCAUGACUUAAUCCUUACAGCCAGUGAUGGGGGAAAUCCUGUGAAAUCCGGAACUGUGCACAUCAGGGUUGUUGUUGAAGAUGCAAAUGACAAUGCGCCUUGUUUUACGCAAUCUGUUUAUAAAGUGACUGCAAUGGAAAACAUUCCUAUCGAUUCUCUGCUCAUAACAGUCAAUGCUACUGAUUUGGAUGAAGGCAUUAAUGCAGAGAUAAUGUAUGCAUUCAGGCAAAUAUCGGAAAAAGCUUCAAAUAUUUUCCAUUUGGAUUCCAAGACUGGAGAAAUCAGGGUGAAACAGAACUUGGAUUUUGAAGAAAAUGCUAUGUAUGAAAUGGAGGUCCAGGCCCAUGAUGGGAGAGGUCUCUCAGGUCGUGCGAAUAUUUUGGUGACUGUUAUCGAUGUAAAUGACAAUGCACCCGGGAUUGCAGUCACAACUCUCACUGAUGCUAUGAGUGAAGACGCCCCUCAAGGGACUGCAGUAGCAUUGUUAAGAGUAACAGACAGGGAUUCAGGUGACAAUGGGAAGGUCUGGUGCUCCAUCCUCGGGAACCUGCCCUUUCAGUUAGAGAAAACCUUUGAUAACUAUUACAGUUUGGUGACUGACAAAGACCUAGACCGAGAAAUAGCAUCAGUUUACCAUGUGACUGUUAUAGCAACUGAUAAAGGAGACCCUCCUCUGUCAACAACAACCAUCAUUCCACUGAAAAUAUUAGACAAAAAUGACAACCCACCCACCUUUAAAGAGAAGUCCUACUUGUCUUACAUUACAGAAAAUACACCUGCUGGAACUUCACUUUUCACAUUACAAGCAAAUGAUCCAGACUGGGAAGAGAAUAGCAAAAUUACUUACUCUAUUGUCCAAGAUCAGGUGCAAUAUUUGUCUUUCUCCUAUCUUUCUAUAAACUCUGAGACUGGAGCUAUCUACGCCCUCCGCUCCUUUGAUUACGAAGAGUUCCAUCAAAUUGAGUUCCUGGUCAAGGCCCAAGAUGGAGGCUCCUCACCACUUAGCUCCAACGUAUCGGUGACUCUCUUAAUUUUAGAUCAAAAUGACAAUGUCCCCCAGAUCUUGUACCCUUCCGUCCCCAGCGAUGGCUCCACUGGAGUAGAGCUGGCCCCACGCUCCUCUGAGCCAGGCUACCUGGUCACUAAGGUGGUGGCCGUGGAUGCAGACUCUGGCCAGAAUGCCUGGCUCUCCUAUCAGCUACUCAAGGCCACAGAGCCAGGGCUCUUCACCAUAGGGCUCCACACUGGCGAGAUCCGGACGGCCCGUCCCUUUCUGGACAAGGAUGCUCUCAAGCAAAGCCUGGUGGUUUUGGUGAAGGACAAUGGGCAGCCCCCUCUCUCUGCCUCAGUCACGGUCACCGUGGUGCUGGCCGACAGCAUCCCUGAGGUACUGACUGACCUGAGCAGUGUCUCCAUCCCUACAGACCCCCAGUCGGACCUCACCUUCUACCUGGUGGUUGCUGUGGCUUUCGUCUCCUGUUUGUUUUUCACCUUCCUCCUUGUGUUGCUGGCACUCAGGUUGUACAGGUGGAGAAAUUCCCAGUUGUGUGAUUCUGGAAGUGUGAAUUUCAGUGGAGUCCCAGUUUCACAAUUUGUGGGGAUUGAUGGAGUCCGAGCAUUUCUUCGCUCCUAUUGCCAAGAGGUUUCUUUAACUUCUGGCUCUCGGAAAAGCCAAAUUCUUUUUCCAAUUGGAAGCUGCACAAAUACUCUGACACCGCAACAGGCUUGUUCUCAACCAGAUCCUUUGAUAACAGCCGGUGACUCAGCCAUAAUUGUUGACGAAGCAGCAAUCAACCAGGAACAGGGGGCCCGUGAGGAUGGUCCACCUCCAAGGUUAACGGAUCCAGCUGGUUUCCAAGAUGCUCUGGGGAAUUUUGAGAGUCUUGUAAGUGACUCUCUACAGAUGCCCUUGGGCAGUUGGAUCUUGGAAUGUCUGGCUUUCAGAGACUGUAUUGCCCAUGGUUCAGAAGGAUUCCAACAAGCAAUAUUUGUGAACAAAAAGAUGCAGCUUUAUUCAGUAAAUAUGCAGUAA